AUGAAAGGGAGUUUUGUCUGGAUCCAGGUACCUCAACUAUUGGCCUUACAUGGGUAUUCCAUCUUUCUAGUCCCACUCUUCUCCAACAGAGCUCCCUCACUGAGCGAGCAUUCGGCAUUCCUAGUAUGCUCCACUCAUUCUACGCCAAGCACCCAAUCACGGGAUCAGAAUCACACUCUAGAUCAUACCUUUCACGAAAGAAAAGGACAGGCAGCCGCUGCUAAACCAAGAUCCCCAUCUCUUGACUCCGUCAAUCAAUCUUACCUUAUAGGGCACAAUGGUAUAUUUACCAUACGAGAUGUGUGCACCUACUAA